AUGAUUUUUGCCAGUAUACGAAGAAUUUUCCAAUCAUUUCGUACUGAAGAAGAAGAAAGAUUGUAUUCAAGAGCAGCUUUUUUCAACUUAUUAGGUUUUUUAGGUAGUUGUGUUUUAUUUUCAUUUGUUGCUCAACGAUUAUCUAGACAUCCACGUGAAUUGGCUCAUAUUGCAAGAGCAGAUGCAUUAAUUAAAGCUAUUAAAUUAUAA